AAGUUCACUUACCUUCUCUUUCUAUAGACCAUUACGUGACCGGGAGUCACGAGCAGCGGUCCUCGCGGUUCAGUUCGAUUUUGUCAGGAGUCGCGCAACCACUUUCUUCGCCGCGACGCCCUCCGUGGCGCAACCGGGUCCCUCGGCCUUUUUCACUUUUCCGACGAUGUAAUUUCUGGAUUCACUGUGUUCGUGUACAUUCGCUCCGCCCUCUCGUUUCUCGCUCUUUUUUUAUUUUUUUAUCGGAAAAAAAAAAUUAAAGAAUAAUUUGUGAACCUUGUGUGUGUACCUGUUUUUGCCAUCCUAAAGGAAUCAAAGGAGUGUUGACCAAAUUCGAUCAAGAUGAGGCCUUGCCUGGGCGCAAGUGCCCUGCUCCUGCUGUGUACAUACCUUGUCGGCACGGAUGGCGUGUGCAACCACGGUUCGGACCCACUUCCACCCAAAGACACGGCCGGUAAUUACUCCUCUAACGAAUCUACCCUCUCUUUGCAGCAAGACACAGUCUCCGCCGGCGACAGUUCGCGGGCAUUUGCCGACGCCGUCAGCUUCACGAAUCCCCAACUGGAGCAAAACAACGACCUAGAGCUGAGACAGGUUGCCGACCUAGCCACCGCAGCUGACAGCAGCCCUUAUCUCACUCCACCGGCAGCUGGAGCGCCCUCGGAGUCUUACGGGCCCCCAUCGGGUUCGUCCGGCCCUCCAUCCCAAUCAUACCUGCCCCCGUCAGACUCUUACGGACCACCGUCUGGUGGACCGGACUCCCAUGAUCAUUCUUCCGGGCCUCAUGGUGGCCCAGGAAGCUCCGGUCCUAGUGGACCUCCCUCAGACUCCUAUGGCCCUCCUUCAGACUCCUACGGUCCUCCCUCUGAUGGACCGCCCUCUGGCUCUUACUUCGGCCCACCGCCUCCUCCAUCCUUUGGCUCUUCGUCCUUCGGCCCACCUCCGAAGUCAUCUCACGGCCCACCCAAGUUUUUUGGUCCCCCACCUAAGUCUUCUUACGGACCACCAAAAUCGUCGUAUGGACCACCCCCUAAGACAUCUUAUGGACCACCACCAAGGCCAGAAUAUGGACCACCAAAGCCAGAGUACGGGCCACCAAAGCCAGAGUACGGGCCACCAAAGCCAGAGUACGGACCACCAAAGCCAGAAUACGGACCACCAAAGCCAGAGUAUGGGCCGCCCAAGCCAGAAUAUGGGCCGCCCAAGCCAGAAUAUGGACCGCCAAAGCCUGAAUACGGACCUCCCAAACCUGAGUAUGGACCUCCCCCAAAGCCGGAGUAUGGGCCUCCUCCGAAACCAUUUUUUGGUUCACCACCUAAGCCACACUUUGGACCACCCAAACCAUCGUAUGGACCACCAAAACCUCAAUACGGCCCUCCGCCAAAACCAUCUUACGGCCCACCAAAGCCAGAGUAUGGACCGCCACCUAAGCCCUCAUACGGUCCACCUCCUAAACCAUCUUAUGGUCCACCUCCUAAGCCAUCUUAUGGUCCACCGCCUAAGCCAUCUUAUGGUCCACCACCAAAGCCAUCAUAUGGACCCCCUCCCAAGCCCUCAUAUGGGCCACCAAAACCUGAAUAUGGUCCACCACCAAAACCUGAAUAUGGUCCACCUCCAAGGCCAGAAUAUGGUCCUCCUCCCAAGCCAGAAUAUGGUCCGCCGAAGCCAGAAUAUGGACCCCCGCCAAAACCAGAAUACGGGCCUCCCCCGAAACCAGAGUAUGGACCACCGAAACCAUCCUUCAGUUCUCCUCCUAAGCCAUCCUACGGGCCUCCACCAAAACCGUCAUAUGGGCCACCAAAACCAGAAUAUGGGCCACCAAAACCAGAAUAUGGGCCACCAAAACCAGAAUAUGGGCCGCCAAAGCCAGAAUAUGGCCCUCCACCGAAACCAGAAUAUGGUCCGCCACCGAAACCAGAGUACGGCCCCCCAAAGCCAUCCUUUGUAGCUCCUCCAAAACCAUCGUACGGAGCACCCCACGGCAGCGGACCUCCAACACCACCACACAUUACCUACGAUGGCUGGCGACCAAUGCCCGGCUCAGCAAGGCCUCAAGCUCAAGAUGGAUAUCACGGUAUUGGCGGACCCAUAAACGUUCCAAGCAAUAGCUAUCUACCUCAACCGGCCUCUGAUCUUCCUUCUCCUCAUUCUGGGCCUGGCCAUGACUUGGCACCCCCUUCAGCUGGUCAACAUCCUAGUGAUAGCUACGGCGUGCCACCCUCGGGGCAACACCCCAGUGAUAGCUACGGCGCCCCACCUGCUGGUCAACAUCCCAGUGACAGCUAUGGAGCUCCACCCAUUGGUCAACAACCGAGUGACAGCUAUGGCGUUCCUCCGUCAGGCGGCUCUGGAUCUAACUGUUGCGGCGCACCUCCCAACAAUUACGCCCCCCAGGGCGAUCAUGGUCCUCCGGAACAACAUCCUGGCGGCAUCUCAUACGGCGUGCCCUCUGGUAAACAAGUCGAGGGCCCCCACCACCUUCAGCCCAAGGUCCCGGUGAAGUUCCGCGAACCUGUGCCAUCAGGUCUCAUCGAGGCACAAGCUGGAAAGCAGACCUUCCACGGUCAGUCCUACAUCCCACCCGCCGUCCCCGAGCUCCCAACUGGCGGUCCCUCAGGUCAAUACGGUGCUCCCUCAGGCGGUCAGCACGGUGGUCACCAAGAGCAACAUCCCAUCCCUCAAGACGUCUUGCAGGGCUUAACGCAACACGGAAGCCAGAUAGACAUCCAACCUUCGAUCCAAGUCGGGCUCGACUCUUCGGAUAACUACCCAGCGGCACCGGGUGGCUCCUACGGUCCCCCCGGGGGAGACCCUCACGGGUCCCAAUACGCAGCAUCUCAAGACGCGCUAUCUUUCGCGGCGCCGGGUCACUUCGGGAGCGGUAACAACUACGUGCCCCGAAACACGGAUAACGUCCUCCAGUCCGGGGACUACGACCAGACCAACGCAGCAGACGCAGGUCAGAGCCCACAACCGAUACAGUAUUCCACGAUAAAGCUCGACCAGAUGAGCAACGGCGUGGACGGGAACGUCGGGUUCUUCCAGCAGAACCCUUUCGCCUACAACGCAGGCAACCAGAUGUACCAGGUGCAAGGCCUGGGUGCUGCAGCGCAGGACCAGGUGCUGUCGAGCAGUCUGCUCCAAGACAUUCUCAACGCGAUCGAGCACCAACAGCUGGCGCCGAGCGAGGCGGCCGCCGCAGGAUCCGAAGCCAAGCACAAGUGGGUGGACCUCACCAACUACCAGAGCUCCGCGGCGACAGAGUCAACGCCUAGUUUAAGUACCACUGUCACUGCACGAUAAUAAGACUGACCAAAUUGUCUGCUCUUGAGCCGAGGACUUGUCAUACUGUCUGCCUAAUCUUCCGGGGGCAACGAGUUUGAACGCCAUGAGAGGCGCUCUGUGCUACCGUCCUUUCCCACGGCGAGAGUCCUCCGGUGGCGAUUCCCCAAGUUGGCAACAUUAUUUUUCCUCCAUUUAUACCCAUCAUAUAUAUCGAUUUACGUGAAGCACGCUGCUUUACCAAUAAUCGAUUUUUUACAUACAUCUGAAUGGAGGAAAAACAGUUUGCCAACUUUUAAGGAUCGCCACUGAACUACAGCUCACAAUUUUCAGCAUGGAAAAUAUGCAACUAUUUAACAAAUGAUUCAUGCCUGCUACUGCGUUCCUCUGUACCUUGCUGUUCCAGUUGAAGGACAUUGGAAUGCAAAUGAAGAUGAAGUAUAUCCUUUUGCCCUAUCAAUUGUAUGGGUGACGCAAUAAACAACGCUGUGCUGUGUGUGGUACAUACGGACUAAAUGUUACAAAAAGGAAUCGGGUCACAUUUUUGAAAACAGGAAGUUACAUGUACAUAUAGUUUGGAACCUACCCAACCGUAUAUUUUCUCCUGUGAAAAAUUCUAAUUCGAGAAAAUUUUUUUCGCAUAUGAGAAUAGGAACUCCAUUUCUAACAUUGGGUUUCCUGGAGGAAUAAAACUUCAAGCUUCUUUUUCUCAGUUCGAGCUUCAUAUAUAGUUGCCAGAUAGUACUGAAAAGUCAGUGCUUUCCCCCAUUUACACCCAUGGAAAAUAUCCACACCUAAUUGCACAAUCUGGCAACUUUGACUCCAUAUAGCUUGGUUCAUUUCUGCGCCUAAAAUAUACAGCGGAACAUCGUACCAUGCACCAACUUUGGAACAACUGGAUUAAUUAACUUUGGCCUGGGAAUAAUUCUCAAUGGUAUUAAUACGAUUCGGUCGGAAAUUCAAAAGUCUGUGGAGUGUUUUUCCGAAGCAGGGAAUACAUAAUUCCAAUUAUUUGAUGGAUCAAUCAUAGUUUCUCCUAAGGUCAGACAGUAUUACAUGUUUUGGUGUCGAACUAAAGCAAGGCAACUUGUAGAAUUAAGUUUGUUGUUAUUUAUAAGUUGAAUAGAUUUAGGAACUUAUAGCCUAAGUUGUAACAUAAAUUUGGCGAGUUACCUUACCUUAUAAGAAUUGAAAGUGUAAAGUCACACUUGCCAUUUAUAACUAGCGAAUGUCAUCGCAAAUAUCAGACUCACCGUCUUGUUACAUGUUCUGCUCUAUUAGAGUCAUAGCUCAAAGGGGAGAAAUAUGCAGAUUUUUAAGGUAAAAUCGCCGCAAGCAUUCCGCUCAAUGAGCACGUGAUUUCCGGUGGGAAAAAGUACUUCAUAUGUAAAUAUUUGUUAUUUUAUUUAUUGGGAACGUGCUACCAACGCUCUUCCGGCAUACUAAACUUGGGUUCCGUUUAGAUAGGCGAAAGUCGCGUUUGGAUGGAGUUCUGUUACUUAAAUAAGCAGUAAUAGUUUUUGCCCUAACUUUUUUUCCCCAUGUGUGACCCGUUAACAGCCACAUUUUUCAAAAGCAACCAUUUACGGGUAAAGGGACCUCAAGGCAUGGAGGCGAACUUUCAAGGGAGUUUCUUGUGUGAAGUUGGAUCGAGGAAGGAAAUAACUCUUCCUUGCUCGCAACUCAAAUUCACGUUGUGCCGCAAAAUUUAGGUCAGUAACCUAUUUUAUUGGGGUACGGCACUACCACAAUUAAUUAGAAUUGUCUGUAUCAUCCAAUAACCCUGUGUCCUUUUUUUUGUCAAUGCCAAAGUAUGAGUCUCCAGCAUUCUUUUCAUAUUUUGUCAAUUAAGGCGCAUCAAGUCACCUUUUAACUCCGCACAAUUCGAGCCCCAUAUAUUGAUAAUUGAAAGUUUAAGUAUAGUCUUGUUUCAAACUUGUGUUAUUCCAACUAAAAACUUCAGACCGCCGUAAUUUCAUUUGUUUUGAUUUGUUCGUGCGUGCUUCGUACCAGAAUUUUUGUAAAACUUUCGAUGCGCACCGAACCGUCUAUAAUUUUGAGUUUUUAAGGACUGAGGCCCUUCUACUUGCAGAUGGUUACUUAAGCAGAUUCCAUCCGCGUUAUGAAUCCGUCCUUACGCGACACACGUAAAAAUAAUAAACGUCCAGCCCAUCUACAAACUAGGGGCCUCAAAGAGGCUCAUCGAUGGAACUGUUGACUGUUGCCUUUUAAAGAUCGUCGGGCCGACGAUCUUUGAGGGUAACCGAUGUGUUCGGGAUACAUCACAGAUCAGAUCUUGAAAUUUUCAAGGCAUUCCGUGCAGAAAUGGCUGAGAAAUAGAAGAAUUAGUGCCAGUUUGAGAGCCCCAGUUUGUACGUGGGCUAGACGCUAUAGAAUUCAGCCUAUUAUAGCCUAAAAAUAGCCUAUAUAAUUUGCCGAGUACCUACUUUCUUAUUGUUCCAAUUUUAAAAGACAUGACUGGAAGAAUUUUAAUAUAUUUCUUGUCCAAUUCUAGGAAGCUCCUGCUUAAGAUUAUCGAGAAAGGCAAGCACCUAAACUUUUUUAUUACUCUUCAGAUUUUAAUGAUCCAUUUCACUAUUAGUAUCUAGUCACAGCAUACUAAAAAUCAGAUUUGGCACUGCAACCUUUUAUUUUAUUAUUCUCAUAUUUUUGCAACAUGUAGUAAUUCAGAUAAAUUAUUUUGCCUAAUAGUAUAAGGAAGUAGUCUUUUUAUAAUUGUUGUUUUUUUAAGAGAGGGGGGAGGGGGGUAUUGUCGAUAAAUAGCUUUAGAAUAUUUCUCCUGAUCAGUAUGGGCGGUAUCUAAUUUGCGAUUCGGAUUUACGCAUCUGUCUUGGGUUUUUUUUUUCCUCACUAGAAAGCCUCAUUAGCCAUUUAAGGAAAGAUUAAUUGCUUUGCGAAAGUAUUCUACAUGAUCCAAUGCAACAGUAGAGUGGAGGACCUUACGCUACCUUCUCAUCUGAGACGAAAUACACAGCAUUUUUUAGAUGUCGGCAGUUUUAAGAAUUCCAUUCGCUGACGGCGAGUUCGUUGGUUUGGUGCGUGAGAACACUUACACCCAUGUCUUUAGAGAGAACGAGGUGUCGAAAGUGUACCGACUGUGAAGGGAAGGGGGAGGGGGAUUUCAAAAUGUGAUAUCAGCGGAGAGAUCACCUUAAAAUCAGGGAAAAAUUCCUACGAAAUAGUUUCGGUCGCGAACUGCGUUCUUUCAUGAAAUAAAUGUUAUGCCUGUAUAAGACCGACGUCUAUUUUGCCUGUUUCAAACUAUUCAACGGGUUAAAACUUUGUUUGAUAUGUUAAUGGAAAUCUCUUGAUAUGCGGGCACGGUUUUAGCGAUAGGCAAAGUCGCUUAUAACCUGAAAUUAUUAGUAUUAUCUCUAAAAAAAAAAUAUUUUAUUCAUGUUUCGAGUUUUCACGUGCUUCUACACUACCGCUAAAGAAAAGUUUUAGUUGAAAAAGUUUAAACACUUCAUUUUUUCAAUUCUUCAAAAAAAUUCGGAUUUCGAAAGAAAAAAAAUGUAACAGGACUUUAUGAGACCAGCAAACCUAAUGGUCGUAAAAAGAGAAAAACAUUGAGUUCCACCGCUGCGUCGUGAUUAUUUUUCGCUCAAAUUAUUAAAAAACUCUUCCUUGCCUACCUCUUCCUUUAGAGGCAUUCGCAGUAGCACAAAAUCUAUGUUCCGAGCUUUUCCGUGAAGCCUAUAAAACAUUUCCAACGAACGGUGAAUUUUUUGUCUACGAGCUUGAAGUAAAGCAUGAGUAGAUGAUCUGCUGAGUGACAGACUGUCAGGUUUUUUGCUUUUGCAGGAAAGAAAGCUUGUAAAACAAAAAAAAAACGUGGAAUAAACCUUGUAAGAAAUUCACGGAGUGAAUCGUAAGGCGAUAAAAUCAGUAUCGACUCGUUCGGGUGCUUUCACUGACUAUAACAUGUUUUUUUCUCGACUUUUACAGGAGGCGGCACCCAUAAAACAAUUUAGAGACCUGGAAGUGAGUGUAAAAAAAUGAAGAUAGUAGUUUUAUUUGAAUCCGCUGAAAUAAUAAGAUUGACGAGACUAGAUCCUUAAAGAAUUUAUUACACAUAAAAAAGCCGUCGAACUCGUUAACUCAUCGCAGAAUUUAUUACUUGUUUAUUCAUAAUCACAUAGACUGGUGACGUCGUCAGCUUUAAAGCAAUCAUCUUACCAUAUUACAUAUUUUGCAACUGUAAUCGAUAUUUAGCAAUCAUGAAUGCAAUCCCAAGAUGGAUGCGCCAAUCUAAGUAAAACCAACCGAACAGUGGCGUGGCGUGGAUUGCGAUGUAUCGAUUGUUAUGCCAUUUAAACCUAUGAUAAAGAAUCGAUUAUUAUGGUGCUCUCUGCAAACACCCUGUUUAUCGAUCCUUUUCCAUAGGUUUAAAUGGCAUAACAAUCGAUACAUCGCAAUUCACGCCAGGCCACUGCUACCGAACCCCGUCAAAAGUAUAGGCUUCUCCACUUUCAUAUUUUGUCAUUUCCAAUAUUUGACUUGGCUAUACUUGAGGUUACAAGUUGAAGAUAAAAAGCGUUAAUCUUCUUAUUCUGUUCCGGAAUUUUUUCGAGGAUUCAAUUUUCUCAAAUCAAGUUACGAUUACUUCGAUUAAAAGUGUGUUGUGUGAAGUGUUCCAGUAUAACGUUAAAUAAAACUUUGUUACGAAUCUGAA